AUGUCAACCGACGACUGGAAGUCAAAGGAAACUCUGUACGAGUUUUCCGCCACAGACAUUGACGGACAAGUGGUGUCUCUGGACAAGUACAAAGGCAAGCCGACGAUUAUCGUCAACGUUGCUACCAAUUGUGGCUACACCCAGAACAACUACAAGCAACUGAACGAGCUGUACGACAAGUAUGAAGCUCAGGGUCUGCGCAUCGCCGCCUUUCCCUGCAACCAGUUUGGCGGCCAGGAGCCGGGCUGCGACGUGGAUAUCAAAGAAUUUAUUCACAAAAAGGGGGUUCGAUUUGACAUGUACUCCAAAGUCGAUGUGAACGGGAAUGACGCCCUUCCACUGUUCAAGUGGCUCAAGUCAAAGCAAGGAGGCAUCCUGGGAAUUGAUGCCAUCAAGUGGAACUUUACCAAGUUCUUGGUCGACAAAGAAGGCAAGCCAAUCAAGCGCUUUGCUCCAAAUGAUGAUCCCGUCGUUAUGGAACCGGACAUCAAAGCCGCUCUUUAA